AUUUGAAGCAUUGUUUUGCAUACUGUGCUUUAUGUCCAAAAGAUUAUGAGAUUGACGUGAAAACAUUAAUCCAUCUUUGGGUUGCACAAGGGUUUGUUGAGGCACCAAUUACGAGUGAUCGUCUUGAGGAUAUUGGGCUUGAAUAUUUUAUGAAACUAUGGUGGAGGUCAUUUUUUCAAGAGGUGAAAAGAGAUAGGUUUGGAAAUAUCGAAAGCUGUAAAAUGCAUGAUUUAAUGCACGAUCUCGCAACCACAGUGGGUGGGACAAGGAUCCAGCUAGUAAAUUCUGAUACACCAAAUAUUGAUGAGAAAACCCAACAUGUAGCAUUGAAUUUGGAUGUUGCACCACAAGAAAUUCUUAAUAAUGCAAAAAGACCACGAUCAUUUCUUUUGCUUGAGAAACAUGAUUACAAUAAGCUGUUUAUUCAUAAAAAUUUAAGGUGGAUGCGUGCUUAUGAUAUGAAUGAUUGUGGCAUUGAGAAGGUGGAUGGUUGUAUAAAAAUGCUAAAACAUCUAAGGUAUUUUGGUGUUUCUGGGAAUGUGAAACUUAGGACACUUCCAAAUUCUAUUACGGAUUUGCUGAAUUUACGAGUAUUAAAUGUCUCUAAUUGUUGCAAGCUCAAAGAAUUGCCUAGAGAUAUUAAAAAGCUUGUGAAUCUUAGGCAUUUAUAUUGUGAAGGUUGUAAGUCUUUGACUCAUAUGCCCCGUGGGCUUGGGCAGUUGAGUUCACUUCAGACGUUGUCACAGUUCGUAGUGGCAAAUGGGCAUAUUUCCUCAAAAGAUGUUGGAAAAAUAAAUGAAUUGAAUAAACUUAACAAUUUGAGGGGAAGUCUUGAAAUUACAAAUCUAGGAUUUGUGGAUAAUAAGAUUGUAAAUGUUAAUUUGAAAGAGAAGCCACUCCUUCAAUCAUUGGUAUUACAUUGGAAGGAGAGUUGGGAAGAUUCAAAUGUUGAUAGAGAUGAAAUGGCAUUUCAAAAUCUCCAACCACAUCCCAAUCUUAAAGAGUUAAAUGUGGUUCGCUAUGGAGGCAGGAGGUUCCCAAGUUGGUUCUCUUCCCUCACGAAUCUUGUCCAACUCCAUAUAUGCAAUGGCAAUGGAUGUCAGCAUCUCCCACCAAUGGAUCAAAUCCCUUCUCUUCAAAAUUUACAGAUUUGGACAUUAGAUAAUUUAGAAUACAUGGAGAUUGAGGGACAACAAACAUCAUUCUUUCCAUCCCUAAAGACUCUCAAUCUACAUGGUUGUCCUAAGCUUAAAGGAUGGCAGAAGAAGAGGGAUGAUUCGACCGCACUUGAGCUACUCAAAUUUCCUUGUCUUUCAUAUUUCUCUUGUAAUAACUGCCCGAGUUUGACCUCCAUCCCUCAGUUUCCAUCUCUCGAUGAAUCACUAAAUUUGCAAAAAGCAAGCCCACAACUUGUGCACCAAAUAUUUACACCCUCAAUCUCUUCUUCUUCCUCAAUCAUUCCUCCUCUCUCUAAAUUGAAGCACCUUUCGAUUGUGUACAUUGAAGAGCUCGAAUCUCUACCUCGAGAUGGACUGCGGAAUCUCACUUGUCUUCAAAGACUAACCAUUGGGUUUUGCCCGGCAUUAAAGUGUCUGCCUCAGGAGAUGCGUUCCCUCACCUCGUUACGAGAAUUGAAUAUCGAGAUAUGUCCCCAAUUGAAGAAAAGAUGUGGAAAUAAAAAGGGUGCGGAUUGGGAAUUCAUUUCACACAUCCAAAAUAUUAAAGUUGAUAGACAAACAAUUCAAAAGGAGGGCCGGUAUCUACUGGAUGAUGAAGCUUCGAUCAGUGAAGGAUAAGUUUUCAACUGUUGGAUGUGUUUCUUCCAAAAUGAGCAGGGUAUUGCUUUUGAGUUCGCUCAUCAAGCUAGAGGAAUCAUUUAUUUGUUUUGUACGCACCUCAAAAUCUAAUAAAUUGGGAAGUGAGAAACAAAUUCAAAGAGAUUUUAAAUGCAUUGGCAGAAGUUUGAGCCGGGCUGUUAGAUGGUGGUGCUCUUGGUGCAUAUGUUCUUGGCGAGAUGCUCUGGAAAGAUACAACAAAAUGAAAGGCAAUGGCCCUGAGAGAUUAGUUUCAGGUUCUGAUGAUUUUACUAUGUUUCUCUGGGAACCUGCUGUUAGCACACACCCUAAAACUCGUUUGACAGGUCAUCAACAGCUUGUAAAUCAUGUUUACUUCUCACCUGAUGGGCAAUGGGUGGCUAGUGCCUCAUUUGAUAGGUCAGUCAAGCUGUGGAAUGGUGUAACUGGAAAAUUCGUUGCUGCUUUUCGCGGUCAUGUUGGGCCGGUUUAUCAAAUCAGUUGGUCAGCUGACAGUAGGCUUCUUUUAAGUGGAAGCAAAGACUCCAUGCUGAAGGUUUGGGAUAUUAGGACACAGAAGUUGAAACAAGACCUCCCAGGCCAUGCUGAUGAGGUAUUUUUCCUCCCAAGUCGAGAGGGCUAUUCGACUUUUGUGCUGUUAGACUUAAUUGUAUCUGAUCUUUGAGAUUUUAUUGUGGCAAUGUAUAUGCUGUUGAUUGGAGUCCCGACGGUGAGAAGGUAGCCUCUGGAGGCAAGGAUAGGAUGUAUUAUGGAUGGGAUAGACCUUGCAGAGGAGUUCAUGGUAGAAAUGUCUGAACUGCAUAAUCGUCGGCAGUUUCCAUAGACAGAAAAUGAUGUAUUGAUAUCUCGACAUACUUAGAGAAAACUGAAAGAAAUGGCCAUAUGAAUGUUCAGUGGAAGAAGCAACCCUGUUUUCACAUGGGAACUGCAAUUUUGCAACAUUUGUUUCUGGGGUUCACGAGAAUUUUUUCAAUACAAUGUUAUAGCCAUUGACUAUAGUGGAUUCUAUAUAGGUUCUACUAUAAUCAAUGGUCAACAUCUAACUGUUGUAAACUGGAUAUACUGAGUAUUGAGUGGAGGAAGAAUGAAAUGGUUAAUUAUUCUUUGCAA